AUGGCAGCACCGACUUCUACAACCUCCAUUCUCCCAAUCCUAUUACCUCCACCAACUCUCCGUCCACUUGCCUUUAGAAUAUUUACGAAAAAGCACAGCUUGACUAUUACGGCAUCGAGCCUACAGUCACUCGCAACCUUUGUGGGGAGGAACUGCGGCUCAGAAUGGCGGGAGGGAGGUCUUGCGGAGCUUGUCCUUGACGAGAUCGCGAAAACAUGGAAGAAAGCGGGGGGGGGAGUAAUCGUCGAGGACGGCGGAACUCACGCUGAUCUGCUGAAAUCAAUACUUAAUAAUUUGGAACCCAGGAUGAAUGGUGGGAGAGUUAUCAUUUGGGAACCAUCCAAGGAUUCAGAAGCUGCAACAUUAGUCUCUGGGAAAGGUGGGCAAAGUAGGACGAGUCGUACGAGGGAAGGGAAGCCAGAUUCCAAUGAGGAAAGGUUGGAGAUAGGGGAGGAUAGUGCAUUGCAUGAUGCCAGAAGAUGGAUUAGGGUUGUUAGCGCAUUCGAACAGAAUCGUCCUGUGUAUAACGUGAACAAAAAGAAUUUUGAUAUUAUUACAACCCCACCCUCCCUAUUCCCGUCUGCGUCUCAAAGAGCCAAUAUUUUCAGAGAUCGAUACAAUCUCAUUUACCAGCGGCUGCUGCGCAACGAAGCCUUUCAAAUACCUCUUCAGCAGUCUAAUUCAUCACACUCCAGUGCAAGCCGAUCGUAUAAAGUCACUUCCAUUGCGAAUCUUCUGGGGAGGUCUGGCACAUCGCAUUUACUUCUCGGUCUGCUCGCAGUGUCCCCAGCCGGAGAGCUCUCCAUAUCAGACCCGACGGGAAGCAUAACCCUUGAUAUCAGGGACGCUCGGGCUGUGCCAGAAGAUGGGGCAUGGUUCACACCAGGAAUGAUAGUUCUUGCCGACGGUGUUUACAGAGAAGAGGAGGUCGUUAGUGGUUCUACAUUGACGGGGUCCGGUGGAGUUGGCGGAACGAUUGGUGGAAAGUUUAUUGUAGCUUCUGUUGGUGGACCUCCAUGUGAGCGCAGAGAAGUUUCAUCUGGCGCAGCCCAUCAUCGAGUUGCAGAUGGUGAUAUGACCGUCGAAGGCGGUUUUGGUUGGGUUGACUUCCUGGGUGUUGGGAGUGAGCGCAGCAGAGGCCCUCGCAUGCGACAAAUUGAAAAGAUAUGUCUCCAUAAGGGCCAGCCGGAGGAGCAGGAAAAGGUCAGAAAGCAAAUAGUUGUAAUGGGUGAGGUCAAUUUGGACGUUCCAAAGACGGUGGAAGCUCUCUCAUAUGUCUUCCAAAGUUACACCUCAUUUCCAGAGCAUCAAAUACCGUUGGUUUUUAUUUUGAUCGGCAACUUCCUCCAACAUGCUCUCAUGUCAGGCGGAGGGAGCAGCGGCAGCAUCGAAUGCAAGGAAUACUUCGAUAUUCUUGCUUCUGUCCUAUCAAAAUAUCCACGUCUGUUGCAAAAUUCGACAUUUGUGUUUGUUCCAGGGGACAAUGACCCCUGGGCAUCCGCCUACUCGGCCGGUGCUUCCACAACAUCCCCUAGGGAUGCUAUCCCUGAUCUAUUCACGUCUAGAGUGAAACGUGCUUUCACUAAUGCCAAUAAUGUACAUCAACUACCAAAUUCACGCCACACGCCGGGACAAGCGAUUUGGACAUCCAACCCCACCCGGCUCAGCCUUUUCGGGCCCGUCCAUGAACUCGUCGUGUUUAGAGAUGACAUCUCUGAGCGACUAGGACGUACCUCGAUUGUUUUCAAACCUCAAAAGCCUCAAGAGGUUCCACAGACCCGUAAGGAGCCCACAGGAACAGAUAAGGAUAUGGAUCUAGAGUACAUAGAUCAUAACGAACCUCCGCCUCCUGAAGGAGAUGAAACACGACAGCAAGAGCAGCAGCAAAAGCAAAUCAACCAAGGAAAGCCACUACCAACCUCAACCACAAACCAAACAAAUCUCCACGCAUCCCGAAAACUCGUCAAAACGAUCCUGGACCAGAGCUAUCUCUCCCCUUUCCCACAACACAUCCGACCAGUCCUCUGGGACUAUGCGUCUGUCCUACAUCUGUACCCCUUACCGACUGCUAUGGUCCUAGCAGAUUCCGAUGCGGAACCCUUUGCAGUUACUUAUGAGGGGUGCCACGUUAUGAAUCCUGGCAGGCUGAUUCCGGAAGGGAGCAGGAGUCUGGUAAGAUGGAUCGAGUAUGACGUGGCGAAGAAGAAGGGGAGAGUGAAAGAGGAGCGGUUCUGA